CUGCUUAGCGACCGCGCGUCCAUGCGGCAUAUCCCGGGAUGCAGUUCGGGCUUAAGGCGGGAGAUAUGAACAAGAUGGCGGACAACAACAACGGAUAAUUGGUUAUCACACGAAACGAAGAACAAUGGAGGAAACCCCCAGAGGGCUCAUUCUUGGUGCACUAUCAGUAUUGGACACAGAACCAAAAAGACCAACCACAAGGAGUCAACUUUCAAAACAAACACCUGACGCACCUAGUCAUGGACCUGGGGGUGCCACCCCCAUGGGGUAUGUGGUCAACGUGGCCACUCCCAAUGAGAUGACUACCAGAACCUUGAUCGGAAGCUUCCUGGAUAAUCUAUCAGUAAGUAGAAGUUCAGCAGCCAAUCAUAAGCAGAAGAGGAGAAGUCUCAAGAGCUCUGCAUCAAAAGUCAGCAAAAAAAGGAGACGCACGAUUGGCGAUAAUGCAACUCCAAGAACAGUGAUAGAAACACUUUUGAGAGAAGCCCCGGAAGAUACUCCCGUUGUCGGAAAAAUAACUGACAUCAAUGCUACUAGAAAUCGUCUUACAAAGGAAAGAAGCAGAUUAGAUAGCCCAGACAGGCUCCAAGACCAUGAAUCAAGGGGUAGGGAUGAAUCAGAGGAGUUGGGUAGGGAUGCUUCAGCUGUUGGAGUUGAGGAGACUGCUGUGGGAAACCUCACCCAGGAAACCUCUGGAAAUUCAGAUGACUCUGCUUUGUUGAACAAAGCAAAGGAACAUACUUUUGGAGUCACUGAAAACCCUGGUCGAAAUAAUAAGUUUUUUCAUGCAAGUGUGCCAAAGGAUGGUCUGGUCACAGAUACAUCUAUCAAAACAUAUCAUAUAUCAGAGAUUUUGGAUGUUGACUAUGAAUUCUCUCCUGGAAAAUCAAAGAUAAGCAGUGUUUCUCCCACAAUAGCAUCUGCUGAAGAAACCAUGGAUGAUCAAGGCGGCCAACAAAACCUUGAUGGCACAACCUUUGACAUGCCUGUCUCCAGUCCUGAUUUGUCCAAGACGGAUGAGGAUGUGGAUAAGCCCUCUGCUGAAUCCUUCAGUGAGUCUAUGCCUCGUUUGUCCCACAUGGAAGGAAAUCAAACAAUUCCUAGUCACUCUAGUGAGAGCGCACAAGACCUAGACUGGAUGGGAAGCUCUGCCAACCCUAACACGACCACAAUAGGCACUACGUCAAUGUCUAGAGAUGGACAACAAGCAGAUUGUAUGAUGGCAGUAUCCCACAUGGAAGAAAGUCAAACGAUACCUGAGUCUAUGAUGGCACCGUUACAGGGCAGUAAAUGGAAAAGCCUAGUCACACCUGAGCUUCCACCUGUGCAGGAGAGGAGAGUGCUGACAGGUGGAAGAAGGGUUCUUAAUGACUUGAAGCAGCUUGGAAAAAUGAGCCAAGAGAAUGAUAAAAGCGCUAGAAAGCCACCAAUAAGCAAAAAGAAUACCAGUGAUUCCAAAUCACAGAUCCCUAGCACCUCGUGUGGUCUGCCAAGAAGUCUUGUCAAGAGUAUCUUUCAGCAUUUCUCGGCCAGCAAGGUUUCUACAGAAGCACUGGCUGCUGUUGAACAAGGGUCAGUGAUGUUUUUCAAGCAACAGGCAGCUGACUUGGUGGCGUUCAGUGGACAUGCAGGACGCCGCACUAUUGAGCUGGGGGACGUGGAACUGCUCAUGAAAAGGCAGGGACUGGUAACACCUAAGCAUUCACUGAAUUCACUUAUUGAAAAGUUCCUACCACUGGAGUACCGGCAAGAGCUAAUACCAACUGUACAGUCUGGUAACAAACUUGUUUUAAAGUAGGAUGGAGAAUCUACAGAAGGUACGCAAGUAUGAGGGAGAACUAAACAAGUUAAUCAUAUAAUACAUACAGUCUGCUAGCAAACUUGUUUGUUGGGUUGUGUACCUCCUAUAGACAAUAAACUGCUUUGUGGAUCCAGGAUUUCCUGAAGUGUAUAAAGGAGAGUAUAUAACACAUGACGGAAGGUAAAUUUGUGAAUGUUGGCUAUCAAUGGAUCUGCCACUGUUUGAUAUGUUUU